AUGCACUUCUUCAAAGCCGCUUCGUGGCUUCCGCUUCUAGCAGGCGCCUUGUCAUACACCAUCAAGUCGGGCCUGGUUUCCGUAAAUGGCAAUAAGGCCUUUGACAUUGAGCCCAAAUCCGACACUGUCCAUAGAGUUACCCUCGAUUCUGUCAGAGACAAGUUGGCACUCACUGUCGAGCUCAAGGGUGCUCAAACCCAGCCUCACCAGUUGAACUAUGUCUUCUCCAACGAUGCCGGUUUGGACCACGCCAUUUUCCCAAAAUUCGAUGCUAAAAAACAGACCGUGUCGCUGCUGCUUCUCGUGAACAAGAUUCCAGCUGCUUUGCUCCAGGACCGUGUUUUCGUUUAUCUUGUUGCUGCCAGUGAGCAGAAAAAGGGCAACUUGUACACUUUGGUCGGUGAGCUUAUCCCCACUGAGGCGUUGCAGUCAUCUGUCAACUACGAGGCACCAGAUAGACUCGGAGCCCAGCCUGAGAUCCACCACAUUUUCAACGAGGACCCCAAGACCGUCAACCCUGUUGUACCUCUUGCGUUCAGCGGCGUGGCAAUUGCCCUUUUCCUCGGCUUGGUGGGCGCCUGGUUCUCUGUCGUGGGCAACUCGUUGUUUGUGGCCAACCAGGGUAUUCCAUUCAAGGGCGGGUUCCUCACUACGCUUGCUCUUUUUGAGUUUACCUUCUUCCGCUACUACUUGUCUGCGUCGAUCUUCACCACGAUCUUCUCUGUGGCAGCCCUCACUGCCCCUGCUCUUAUCUUUGGCGCCAGAGCCUUGAAGUUCUUGACCAAGCAGCGUACCAUUGUCGAGGCAUCCACAUAA